GCUUCAACAGAAAGUCUAAGUCAGAGACAAACACUGAGGACACAGCAUUGUUGAAACUGUUAAAGGCAGAACACCCUCCAUCUGCAAUACAAUCUCAGGAUUCAGGAUGUUGUAGUUGCCGAUAUAGAUAUUUCCUGAAUGGAUUUGAUGUCUUUAUAGAGAAUGAUGGACAACUGGAUUAAUACCUCAAACUGACUGGAAUUGACUCCCAACCAUGCGUACAGGUGAAAAUGACAUGCCCAAACUGACCUCUUGACUUGACCUCUGAUAGGUCAGGGCUCAGAUUGGAAUACCCCCCAAAAUACAGACCAGUCUAAACCCCUCAACAUGUCUUUCCCGGAACACUUCACAUCCCCCUUACCCCCCAGACCAGAGGCCAAACCCCGGCCCCCCAUCUCUAGAAAAACCCCUUCCUCCAAUGGAGCCCCCUCCACCCCCUCCCAGCUCGGAGAGAUGGGCAGCACAGACCACAAUCCGGGGGGGAAAGUCAACAGCAUUGUGAGUAAGUUCAGCCACCCAGAGACUACACCAACCACCAGUGGAGAUGCUAAACUAACCACCAAUCCAACUCUCCGGACCCGGGGGCCCAGGAGGGCCCCCACAGUCAAACCCAAACCGACCCGGCACUCUGUCCAGCAGUCUGGGGGUCCAGACCAGGCUCCUCCACUGCCCAUGAAUAGGAGCCGGAUCCUGCGGCAGGCCAAAAGAGAGACCCCUGGAGGAGAGGAGGGAAAUGGCAUCACAGUCAGUCGAUCAGCACCUGGCGGAAAGGAGGUAGAGCGACAGCUGAUUGGAGGAGUGGAAGCAGAGGCGGAGCACAGUUCAGACACGCCCCUUAACCCAUGCUUCGACUGGGAAUGCAGUUGUGUUUGUCACGUCCACAUGCCCGGCAUGAAGCUGGUAUGGGUGCCCAUCGAUGAGGAAGAGAAAGAAGAUGAAAAGGAGGAGGAGGUUAAGCUGGAAAGGGAGGAGGAAGAGAGUGGAGGGGAGGGGACCUCCUUGGCCAUAAAACGCCCCCCCACUCCCCCUAAACAGACCCAUUUUAAAGCUUCCAUAGAGGAGGAGGAAGAGUCUAUAUAUGAAACUACUCUACUAAUGGUGGAUCCAACACCUAGAAAGAUCUGUCAAGAACUGGACAUUCCCCUUAUCAAGGUUCAGAAACCUGUCCAUUGGUCAAAACUGUCCUCCAGCAACUCGGAGGACAACACUUCGGUCCAGUCCGAUUCGGACCCAUCCCAAACCCAGACUACUGAGGAUGCCUCUGUGGCUAUCCCACCUCGGGUAUCUCUCGCCCAGGACAAGUCCAAAACACCCGGCCACAACCUCAUGCCCAUUCCCAGGGGGGGUAUCGCCUUGCCCCAGCCCACCGCGGAGGAAUGGCGCUCCCUGCGCCCCUCACCCCCCAAUCCUUCUGCCAGUCCCAUAGUACUCCACCGGGCGGGCAACAGAGUCCCCCCACCUCAGCCCCCCAAGACAGGCAUCUCCUUCCAUUCCGUCAAGCAAGCUAUAAAAGAACACGAGGAGGAUGGAAGCUCUGAAGGAGAGGAGAAGGACACAGAAGAAGACAGUGCCCCUCUCAGGAGAGGAUGCUUUAUUGGCUGGGAGUCCAGACAGCUGGAUGUGCCUCUUUACCAGACGUACCGUGCUACCGUCAUCCACAAGGAGAUCCGGCGCCAGACGGUGUGCCGCAACACCAGCAAGGCCAGCGCUGACUACGACAUGGACUGGCCUGCACGCCGGGGUGGAGUGGGCAUGGGGGCGGUGGGCAAUGGCAAUGGGGCACCCAGUGCUACUAUUCCGUUGCCCACCCUGGGCCAGAGCACCCUGUGGCAGGACCUACCAGAAGUACGGAAAAGUGGGGUGCUGGAGACCCUCAGCCCUGCACAGUGCAAAUACCAGGAGAGUAUGUUUGAGGUGUUGACAUCGGAAGCGUCGUACGUGCGUUCCCUACGCGUUCUCAAUGAACACUUCCUGGAAUCCCGGGAGCUGGAGGAGGUGCUGAUCAUCCGGGACAGGAAGACUCUCUUCUCCAAUGUCCUGCGAGUCCUGGAGGUCAGCGAGAGUUUUCUGAUGGCCCUAGUGAACCGUAAGGAAGAGAGUCUGGUGUUCUCCGACAUCUGUGACAUCAUCCAUUUCCAUGCUCAGCACAACUUCCCGGUCUACAUCGACUACGUCCGCAACCAAAUCUACCAGGAUAAGACUUACACCUCCCUCAUGAAAACCAAUGUGGACUUUGCCACGGUCAUCACCCGUCUGCAGGAGUCUCCUCAGUGCCAGAGGCUGCCAUUCAUGUCCUUCCUGCUGCUGCCCUUCCAGCGAAUCACACGCAUCAAGAUACUCAUCGAGAACAUCCUGAAGAGAACACAUUUGGGGACGAAAGAAGAGCAGACUGCCUCCAACGCCUUGGACUCUGUUUCUAAGAUCAUAGAGGAGUGCAACACCCAGGUGGGAAAGAUGAAACAGGUGGAGGAGCUGAUCCACCUCUCUAAGACGCUGGAGUUUGACAAGCUCAAGGCCAUCCCCAUCAUUUCCCAAACCCGUGUCUUGGAGAAGCGUGGGGAGUUACAGGAGAUGGCCAAAGGGAGCACCCUUUUCAACCUGGGUCACAAGUUCACCCCCGUCUACCUCUUCCUCUUCAACGACCUGCUCAUCAUCGCCACCAAGAAGGGUUCAGAGCGUUUUGUGGUGUUGGACCACGCCCACCGCACCCUGGUCCAGGUUCAGCCAAUAGGAGACGACCAGGUCUCCAACCCUAGCUAUGAACAUUGCUUCUGUCUGACUCUACUGGAGAACCACCAGGGACGCAUGAUGGAGAGACUGAUGAAGGCCCCUUCACAGUCUGACCUGCACCGAUGGAUAGCAGCGUUCCCUGACCCCAUGAAACCUGAUGGGGACAAGGAGGAAGUUGUCUAUGAGGACUGGGACUGUCCUCAGGUGCAGUGUGUGGAGCAGUAUGUCGCUCAGCAGGCUGAUGAGCUCAACCUAGAAGCCACUGAGAUCAUCAACGUGGUGCGCAAGACCAACGAGGGUUGGUACGAGGGGAUCCGUCUCUCCAACGGACAGAAGGGUUGGUUUCCUGUGGAGAACGCUGUAGAGAUCACCAACGAGCAUGUGCGGCGGCGGAACCUUCGAGAACGCUAUCGGGUCAUUCAGGCCGCCAGCAUUGUCACCAACAACAUGACCAAGACUACCCCGUAAUGUUGAUGGGAACAUCAGGAGAACAUCGACAAGCACUCCGCAGAAUGUCAGUCGAACGUUUACAUAACGUCACUAGAACGUUGCCGGAAUAUUAAACUGGAUAGGGGAGAGUGAACCAGUGCUUGCCAUGCAUAGUCCCCUGAAGAACUCUUAGCUGGAGACAUAAGGAGCAUUUGGAGGAGCUCUAUCUUAUCAAAUUGUUUGAUUGGCAUGUUUUGUUUUGUUCAAGUUAGUCAUUUGGUGAAGUUGUGGGAUAGGGUUUCUUUGGGGAACUUUUAAGAACCAGGAAAUGAUAUGUAGUUUUACAGGAGGAAAAGGAUGAGAAACUUCUUCUGAACCUAGUAUACUUAUCCCUGUAAAGUGUGUGUUAGUGUGUGUUAGUGUGUGUGUGUCCUACUGCUGCGGUUUCAUAAUCACUACAGGGUUGAAUACAUUUGACCGUCAUUAGACGGUAGAGUCGCAAUAUCGGUAACAUAGAGCCGAAACAUCUAGUUGAAUCCUACUUUAGUAUUAUGAUACCAUAUGUGUAUUAAUUCCUCAACAGGCCUCAUAGGUGUAAACUCUUUGGUAAUGCCAGGGCUUCUCUCUGUUUUAUUUUACAAUUUGUAUCAUGUUAAAUAUUAGCCACUAUCGGGAGACCCCCGUCAGUUCAUACAUUUAUAUCUGUCACUUUAGUGUUUGUUUCCUUCAAUUUGUAGCCUAUUGAUUCCUUCCAUUCCAUUUACCAUUCUUUCCUCUGUUAUGUCCAUGUAGUUGUUCCUGAGGGUUGCAUUAGUGGAUCAUAUAGACCCUUUUCCCCCGGAUGCACGCAACUCUUGGCGGCAGUAAGAAAGCCAUCACCAUCUGCGCUCAUUCAACAUAGCCUAGAUUUAAGGUUUUAUUACUUCUAAACAAAAUAUAAGUUCUCAUAUGCUUACAAGGAUGUUCUGAUUCUUGCUUGAACAGUAGCUAGGGUUAUAUUUGUUUGUGAGCUUUGCAAAAUAACCAUUUUGGAUGCAGCGGUUGUUAGCUAGAAUGCUAACGCUCAUUGUUAUAGGCUGUAGCAAAAAUAUAGCCAAAGAACCAUUUUACUGGUUGAAGUUGGCCCAGCAACCUUUUUGUGACUGGCCCAAUGCUCCUACCCGCCAGGCUACCUGCCACCCCAAUUUAACAUAUUCAGUGUGUGCAAGAUAGACACACACCCGUAGAGCACUUUACUCUCCUGCAUUAGGUAAAUUGUGCAAAUUACAGUGUAUGUGUGUGUGUGAGAGGGGGGGUCUCAGCUCCCCUAAAUGAGACAUUAGCUCCCCUAAAUGCAACAGAAGUCAAACUUGGAGAGGGAGGUCUCUAAAUAAUGCUAAUUUCACCAUUCUUCUGUUUGUUUAAAAUGUAGUGGUGAAUAUGUUUUACAGUGUUAAAUAUAAAAAAUAAAAGCUUCCAUAUCAAACAUUCA